UGUUGUUGGCGGCGGGGAGGAGGGCGUGUAAGGGUGGAGGCGAGGCCGCAGGUGCGGGCUGGCUGCGGCAGGAGCGGCCAGGAGCCGCCCUCGAGGCUCCACCACCUCUGAGAGUGGCACAAGUCUGGAGGCUGGGGGGAAACAGGCCGCUCAUCUCCUCACUAUUUCACUUACAAAUCGAAAUGGCGGCUGUGUUUUGGCACUCACCGGUGAUUUUGUUGUGGUUAUUCUGUGGCAGUGUGGCGUUGGUGUGGUAGACGGUGGCGGGAGGCGCAGUGGCUCGCUAGAGGUACAAAUGUGGCGUGAUUACCAAGUUAAUCUGGACAACACGGCUUAUAAAGCCUCGAUGGAUGAUGUCUCUUCUGGAUCUGGCAUGGAAUAUGGCACCUUGUACCUCACAGAGGUUUCAAGAGAGCUAGAAAGCAUGUCUCGAGACACAGAAAUAUGUGAUGUACAUUAUUCCCGGAGACCAGAAGAUGACGACCAAGUAAAUAUCCAUCAGGAAAACAGCAUGGAAAAUUGGAUUGCUGAUGAUGAUGAUAAUAGAGAUGAAAAGAUUUGUGAUGGUAUAAGUAACGAUGAUGGAAUAGGGGAAGGUUGGCUACAAGGUGAAGCGAAUGACGGUGUCAAGUCUAGCGCAGAGGAGGAAGACAGUUUCAGCGCAGAAAAGUUUGUUGCCGAAGAUGAAGAGGAAAAGUACAGUGCAGAUGAUGAAGAUAAAUUUAGCACUGAGGAAGAUACCAAAUACAGUGCAGAAGAGGAUGACACCAACUUGAGCACAGAGGAGGAAGCAAAGUACAGUGCUGAUGAAGGCAAAUCCAGUGGAGAGGAAGAUGCCAAGGAUAGUGCAGAAGAGGAUGAAGCAAAGUAUAGUACAGAUGAAUGUAAACUAAGCACAGAGGAAGAAGGGAAAUAUAGUGCCGAUUAUUUAGAUGAUGAGUGGCUUGGAAGUAGGGGUCAUGUGGAUGGUCAUAUUGAAUUGAGAAACAAAAGAUGGAUGAGAAAUAAUAAAUAUGAAUUAGGCAAAAAUGUAAAAAACUGGCAUAGUAGUAGUGAGGACAUGGAGCACACGUCAACAGAGAGCGAGGCAGAAAUAAGUGAGGAAGAUCAAGAGCAAGUAAAUGAUAAGGUGAAAGUUGAUUUUCCAUCUGCUUCUUCUGGCAACUUAAACGAAACAGCUGUUGCUCGGCCAGUAUUGUGUUUUGAUGAAUAUGGGAAUCUAACUACAGCUUAUCAUAGCCCAGAAGUCAGUACAGUUGACAUUAAAAAAUUAGCAACAGAAAGUGAGAUGCAAGAGGCCAAAAGUAAUUCUGAGUCUGUGGAGAUAAUUGAAGAGAAAACAAAAACUAGAUCGUUUGAAAGUGAAGAAUGUGGUGAUUAUUCUCCUUGUAAUGGAGAAGUCAGAGUAUUAAGGAAUAAACCGAAGAUUAACCAGGAAAGUGGGGAAAGUGCAUUAUCAGACCAGGAAUUGAAACAUGUAUUUAAGGAAGAAUUUAUGACUGCUGCCACUAGCCGUUAUGGGAGACCACGAAAGCGUAAAACAGAAGAUGGCUUUUUCUUUGGUACCAUAAAUUUCAACGAAUUGAGAAAAAUAACUUCAGGUAGUCCAAAGAAAACCAAGGGCUUAAAUGUAAAAAACAGUCCUGAACAAAAAAUUAAGCUUGUUAAUAAAGAUGACAGGAAACAGAAGCAUAAUUUUGCUGAUGAGAUUGAAGAUUUGAUAUGUAAUGGAACAGAGGACUAUAAAGAUAUGGCAGAUGAGGAAGAAGUGAAAGGUAUUAUUCCUACAAGCAAAGUACAAAUGUGUGAAACCAAAGAUGAAGCUGUGUUAGUACAAAACUUGAGUGUUGGGCAGGGUGAUGGUAGUGAUAAAAUCUUAGAUAAGUGUAUUAGUAGUAACCAUGACUCGCAAAGAGAGCUGCAAAAAAAUGAAAAAGCCUCUAAAAGUUCUGGAAAGAAUGAUCUUACAGAGGAGCAACUGAAUGUAAGUCCUAAGCCACCAUGUAUAUUUACACAGGAAGGAAAUUCUUUUGCAAGUGUGGCAACCACUGAAUCUGCUGAAAGUAGUGGGGCCUCGGUAGGUUUAAGUGCUCGUGAGAGAAGAAAAAAAUUAAGCCUCAGAAGACGGUCGGAAUUGCCUAUAAGCUCGGGAACAAAAGCUACAGAAUCACAUUCCACCACCUCCGACAGAUUACUUAGGGGUAGAUCAGAUGUGUGUAGAAUAAAACGUUCUAUCCAAGCACAUGAUGAAGUAGUUCCAUAUAAGCGAUCUAAAAGACUAUAUACAAAUAUAGAACCUGUGUGUGUAGUUAAUUCACCUUCUACAGAUUCUCAAGAUUCACAGGACGAGUGUCUGGAGAAUCAUACAUCAUUAAGAGAAAGUUCUUCCCCAACUAAAACAUCAUGCAGAUCUAAAGAAAGUGCAGAAGAGCUGGCCUCUAUAACAAAGUCGGGGAGAGUGAUAAGAAAACCUCAACUAAUGGAUAUAUCAGAUGAGGACAAGCGGCAAAAGUUGUCAAGGGAACAACAAAAACAAAGUGAAGCACUGCUUAACACAAGCCUAGAUGAGGAGCUAGCCCUCUCUGGUGUGGAUAUGCGUCUCUAUGAACAAAAGAACCCAUGUAAGCAUCUAGUUGGUGAUCUUGUUUGGGUCAACAUUCGGGGAAGUCCUCUCUGGCCUGCAAUGAUAUCUUAUGAUCCUGUCCUUGGCCAGUUUAGUAAACUAUCAUUGAUGCAAGUUUGGCACAAGAUUCGCAGUACACGAAUGUACCAUGUGCAGUUCUUCAGUGACAAUGCUUUGACUUAUUGGAUUGCCCCUGGCAAUGUUCUGCCAUUUGAAGGCUUUGUGAAGCUUAAAGAAUUCCUCACAGAGCAAAAAUCUAAGCUGAAAACCUUGAAGAGUAAUGAGAAAGCACAGACAGAGAGCCUGCUGAAAACAUUAGGGUAUAUGAACAAGAUAUCUGCAGGACACAAGUAUGAACGGUGGAUUAAGGCUAUUGAGGAAGCAAAAGCUGCUUCACUAAUGGAUAGAUAUGAAAGAAUACAGAAGUAUGCCUUGCAAAACUCUGAAAUUAAGGCUCAAAAUGAAAAGAAAAUUGUUGACAAACUUUCCCACAAAAAUCUUUCUAUGGUUAAAUUCAGGAAUCCUGCUGUUGAGGAUAAACCAGAGAAGAGGAAAAGAGGACGUCCAAGAAAAAUCCGUCCAGAGGACCUGCCUGUUACAAAAUCUCUGAAGUCAAAUGGUGACUCGACAGACGGGGAGUUUUCUGGUUUUGAUGAGAAUUCUUCAUUUGAGGAUAAGAAGAAAAAGGCUGACUUAGUGGCUAAGCUGAGUAAGGAAGGUGACUUUGCUGUGUAUGCUGAAAAUCAUUUAGAAAAUUUUAUGCUAGAAAACCCAGACACGUGUGAAGAAACUGCUCGAAACAAAUUAAGAUGGAAAUGGAAGAUGUCAAGUUCAGCGACAGAAAAAUACAAAUCGAAGCUUACGUAUGAAAAUAAAUUGAUAUCAAAAGACUGUGAUAUGAAUAUGCUGAAGCGUAAGCUUGGUAGUCCUAUAGAGAAAUAUGAGGAAUGUGAUGAAAAUGAUGCAUUGUCUAUAAAACGUCAAAGAACAGAGGAUGAAGUAGAUGGUAUACGUGGUGUUUACAAAGUAGUUCGUAAUGAGAAAGUGUGUUACCGGUGUGAAGGUGUGAGUGUAAAGGCUGGAGCUGAUAUGAUUCGCUGUAAAGGACUCUGUUGUGGUGUUUUUCACCUCUCGUGCUUAGGUUUAAGUUCAAUGCCAAAAAGGGAUUUUAAAUGUGAAGAAUGUCAAACUGGACAGCAUGCAUGUUUCCACUGCAAGAUAGUUGGUGGUAUAAUGCAGAGAUGCACUGUACCUUUCUGUGGCAGGUUCUAUCAUGAGGAAUGCUUGCAAAACUGGCCUCAAGUCUCCAAACAGCGGCAACAGGAGAGAUUUGUUUGCCCUCGUCAUGUUUGUCACAUGUGUGCUGCCAAUGCUGAUGACAUGGGUGACCCAGUUGCAAGAAAUCCUCCAUUCACUCGCUGUUUGAGAUGUCCGACUACUUACCACACAGGUGAAGAUUGUAUAGCUGCAGGAACCGAGGAAGUAUCCCAGAGUCACCAUAUAUGUACCAAACAUCUUAAAAUACCCAAGAACGGCACCCACCAUGUGAAUGUUAAUUGGUGCUUCUGCUGCUCGAAGGGUGGGUCAUUGCUUCUCUGUGAUCAGUGUCCUGCAGCUUUUCAUGCGGAUUGUAUGAAAAUAACUGCUCCAGAAGGAGGUUAUGUCUGUGAAGAUUGUGAAAAUGGAAAGUUUCCCAUCUAUGGAGAUGUUGUUUGGGUCAAACUUGGAUUGUACAGAUGGUGGCCUGGUCAAGUCUUGCAUCCCCGAUACAUCCCAGACAACAUAGAGAACUUGCAGCAUCAACAAGGCAUGUUCUGUGUUCACUUCUUUGGUUCCAAUGACUAUUAUUGGGUUACCAGAGGACGAGCUUUUCUUUACCAGGAAGGGGAUAAAGGAUCCAGAGCACAGUCAAGUAAAACUUUAGAGAUGCAGUUUCGACGUGCAUUGGAAGAGGCAGGAGAGGCAUACAGAGCUCAAAUAGCCAAGAAAGCUCAACUGGAGCUGCGGUGGUCUGAAAAGGGAAAUUUGAAGCCACCACCAUAUGUAAGGAUUGAUUCUAAUCGUCCUGUUGGGAAUGUACGCCUGAGCAAGAUAGACCUAGCAGCUGUUAAUAGAUGUGAUUGUGAUCCAAACUCUGAAAAUCCUUGUGGUUCUGACGAGAAGUGUUUAAACAGAAUGCUCAUGUUUGAGUGCAUGCGUGAGGUUUGUGGUGCUGGUGACAGGUGUGGGAACCAGAGGUUUCAAAAAAGGCAGUAUCCUAUGGUGUGCUCUUUUAGAACUGAAACAAGGGGAUGGGGUCUCAAAACAACUCAGGAUAUCAAAAAAGGAGAGUUUGUGAUAGAAUAUGUUGGAGAGCUGAUAGAUGACGAAGAGUUCCGACGUCGUAUUGAGGAGAUGCAUGAAAUAAAAGAGGAAAAUUAUUACUUUCUCACAAUUGACAAGGAUAUUAUGAUAGAUGCUGGACCAAAGGGUAACCUAGCCAGGUUCAUGAACCAUUCCUGCCAACCCAACUGUGAAACUCAGAAGUGGACAGUAGGUGGGGAUACCCGAGUAGGCCUCUUUGCCAUUGAGGAUAUUCCUGCCGGUUUUGAGCUCACCUUCAAUUAUAAUUUGCAAUGUGUUGGAACAGAAAAGAAACGAUGCUGCUGUGGUGCUCCAAACUGUAGUAGCUUCAUUGGUGUUAAAGUACAAAAGACUGAAGUGUCCGGUCCUAAAAGAGAAAAAAUAAGCAAGCAGAAACGAAAACGGCGGCGACGGGAGAUCAAAGUAUCUGAAGAUGAAUGUUUUAGAUGUGGUGGCCCAGGUGAUCUUAUUCUUUGUGACAUUUUUUCCUGUCCCAAAGGUUAUCACCUUGAAUGUUUAGGGCUUGAUAAAUUACCUAGAGGUAAAUGGAUAUGCCCAUGGCAUCACUGUGAUGAAUGUGGACAACGGAGCACACGCCUUAAUCGCUGCGACUUCUGCCCGAACUCAUUUUGUCGUGUACAUCUUGAGAGCAACCUCCAACACAUACCUGGCAUCGGCAGCGUGUGCCACGAUCAUAAUUCACAAGAUCUAGAAACGCUCAGAGGUCGGAUGGAAAUAACAGCAGUGACUGAAAAAGUUACAUGCAUGCCAAAGAAGUUGGAAAUUGAAGAUCCGGCAGUUGUCAUGACUGAAGGAAGUUCUCAAUGUACAAUGAAUACUGAUUCAUGUAAUGUAGUGAAGUGCUCUCAUAAUGGCAGUGUUCAUGUCCCCUCCAAUGAUAUUUAUGUAGAUGCAUUGGAAUACAAUGCCAGCACUAAGCCACAGGAUGAAACUGACCUACAUUCCCCUCAGGGAAAAAUAACUGUUCUUCCUUUAAGAAUGAAGACGGGUUCUGGAAGACCUUCGAGGCUCUCCAGUGUCGGAGAUGGACAUGAGAAUAGCUCUGCUGUUAUUAAUGUUGCUGGGGAUGGAGAGGCAGGUAAAACACCAAUGAAACAAAAGCUGAGAGAGAGAAGAGUACCGAUAAGAGGAUUAUUAGUCCAAAGAAACGGUAUGUUGCGUAGAGUACACAAGUCGGAGGAUAAUUCUAAACAGGUGAACGAAUCAUGAUUGUUGGUACUGUUAAAAUUUACACAAGUUAAUUUUCAAGUUAAUUAUUGAUUAUAGGUGAUCAAAAGUGUAAACAAGAUUGGUGUUAUGUAUUAGAAUAAAUUUUUCCAACUUACCAAACCAAAUAUAUUUAUUUUUAUUUUUUUGUCUCUACAGUGAAGAAACUGCAGCACAAGUUGUUAGGUUCAGUGGUAGGGUUUUAGUUGCUUAGAAGCUAGUCGAACAUCUGUUGUUUACAGGUGAACACAAAACUUAAUGAUGGUAUUUAUUUUGUUAACAUAUUGCCAGUUAUCAUUUUAAUCAUCAUUUUAUUUUAGCUAUAAAUAUCAGUUAUUAUUCCUCUGUCAUCUAUCUUUUAUUUUCCUUCAGUGAUUUUUGAUACUUUUCUCUCGACAUGACAGCUUAUGUAAUUUAUGAAACAUUAGUUUAAUAUAAAGCCUCAUUAUUCUUAUAUUUGACUGUUUAUGCCUCUUGAUUAUAUAUAAUUUAAACAAAACUAGUAUCUUUGAUUUAACUAAAAAUAAAUUAGUUAUUCAGAGAUUAUUGUAAGAUAAACUAUUUUGUCCCUUUUAAUAUAAUGUAAAAGAUUUUAUAAAUAGAAUUAGGUGUUUGUGGGGGUUGACAUGUAUUACAUACAAAUCUUAAUGUAUUAGAGACUGUUAUUACUUUUUUCUAUUUUACAAUGCACAUUUUCUCAAGUACUUUCAUAUUGACUGUCAAGAGUUCAUAAAAUGUCUUCAAUGGACAAUAAACUCCCUUUAUUA